UAAAGAAGAAUAAACCUUUUACACGACAGCUGACCGGACCUCUUGCCUAAAAACAACGACAGAAACAGAAAAUAUCACAAAUAUUAGUUUGAAUUUGUUGUAUUUUAGCGUUUUAAACAAGGGUGACUACUAUUUGAAGUUGUAAAGCAUGGAGCCGACAGCGCCCAAAAGCAAGCUGAAGAAACUGAGUGAAGACAGUCUCACAAAACAACCGGAGGAGGUCUUUGAUCUUCUGGAAAAACUAGGUGAAGGGUCCUAUGGCAGUGUGUUUAAAGCCAUCCAUAAGGAGUCAGGCCAGGUGGUGGCUAUCAAACAGGUGCCUGUUGAGUCAGACCUCCAGGAGAUCAUCAAGGAGAUAUCCAUCAUGCAGCAGUGUGACAGUCCCUAUGUGGUGAAGUACUAUGGCAGCUACUUUAAGAACACAGACCUGUGGAUAGUGAUGGAGUACUGUGGAGCCGGGUCUGUUUCAGACAUCAUCAGACUACGCAAUAAGACGCUCACAGAGGAUGAGAUAGCCACCAUCCUCAAGUCCACAUUGAAAGGUCUGGAGUAUCUGCAUUUCAUGAGGAAGAUCCACAGAGACAUCAAGGCAGGCAACAUUCUCCUCAACACAGAGGGCCAUGCCAAACUGGCUGACUUUGGAGUAGCGGGACAACUCACGGACACGAUGGCAAAGCGGAACACAGUGAUCGGGACUCCGUUCUGGAUGGCUCCAGAGGUCAUCCAGGAGAUCGGAUAUAACUGUGUGGCAGACAUCUGGUCCCUGGGCAUCACCUCUAUAGAGAUGGCUGAGGGCAAACCUCCCUACGCUGAUAUACAUCCCAUGAGGGCUAUUUUCAUGAUCCCAACCAACCCUCCACCUACAUUCAGGAAGCCUGAGCUGUGGACAGACGACUUCACACACUUUGUAAAGAAAUGUCUGGUGAAGAACCCAGAACAGAGAGCUACAGCCACGCAACUACUACAGCAUCCGUUCAUCACGGCCGCCAAGCCAGUCACCAUCCUGAGAGACCUGAUCACUGAGUCCAUGGAGAUGAAGGCUAAGAGACAACAGGAGCAGCAGAGAGAGCUGGAGGAGGAGGACGACUCUGAAGAGGAGGUGGAAGUGGACUCCCACACCAUGGUGAAGUCUGGGUCAGAGGGGGCUGGCACCAUGAGAGCUACCAGCACCAUGAGUGACGGAGCUCAGACCAUGAUCGAGCACGGCAGUACCAUGUUAGAGGCAGACCUGGGAACCAUGGUCAUCAACAGUGAUGAGGAGGACAACGAUGAAGGCUCAAUGAGGAGACACCCCACCUCCCAGCAGGCCCUGAGACCCUCCUUCAUGGACUACUUUGACAAGCAGGACUCUAAGGUCCAACAGGAGAGCUAUAACCAUAACCGGCAGCAGGAACCAGGCUAUCACAUCAGCCAGGCUAAGAACGUCUUCCCUGACAACUGGAAAGUUCCGCAGGACGGAGACUUUGACUUUCAGCUGAAGAACCUUGACUUUGAGGAGCUGCAGCUGCGUCUGACGGCUCUGGAUCCCAUGAUGGAGAGAGAGAUCGAGGAGCUGCGCCAGCGCUACACCGCCAAGAGACAACCCAUCCUCGACGCAAUGGACGCCAAGAAACGCAGACAGCAGAACUUCUGAAGAGCCUGACCUGAGGAACACAUUCUGACCUGGGCCCGUGUUCAUACAGCGUCUCACAUUCCAGAGUGCUGAUCUAGGCUAAGGUCCACUUUCCAUGUAAUCUUAUUCCUUAUGAUCUAAAAGGCAGAACUGAUGCUAGAUCAGCACUCUGGCAGCAGAACUGAUGCUAGAUCAGCACUCUGGCAGCAGAACUGAUGCUAGAUCAGCACUCUGGCAGCAGAACUGAUGCUAGAUCAGCACUCUGGCGGCAGAACUGCUGAGGACCUUAGAAAAGGAAUUCUGACAUGGUGCUUUCUGUUAAGACCUGACCAAGGGAGAGGAGAGACCUGACCACUGUCUGGAAUUUAAUUCACGCUGCUUCUGUGCUUCUAAAUGUCCUCCAUUUUGUCUCUCAUCACCACCCCAGUAGUCAGUGUGACCUGGAGUUAUCCUAUCUUCCCAUGGCUCUGCUGGCCCUCAGGACUGUUUUAAACAAUUAUUAGCCUCCCCUUCUGAACCUGUAGGUAGCCUUAUACCCCUCUGUUAAUUAUGAACCUGUAGGUAGCCUUAUACCCCUCUGUUAAUUAUGAACCUGUAGGUAGCCUUAUACCCCUCUGUUAAUUAUGAACCUGUAGGUAGCCUUAUACCCCUCUGUUAAUUAUGAAUCUGUAGGUAGCCUUAUACCCCUCUGUUAAUUAUGAACCUGUAGGUAGCCUUAUACCCCUCUGUUAAUUAUGAACCUGUAGGUAGCCUUAUACCCCUCUGUUAAUUAUGAACCUGUAGGUAGCCUUAUAUCCCAAAGUAUGAUUGAUUAACAUUUUCUUAAAGAUAAGUUUUUCCCCUUUAGAGCAUCCUCUGAUAAACUGAGUUUAUUUGCUUCUUGGGAAAUGACCAGCGACAUGGAAAAUAAUGUUAAAGGAGGAUACAACAACGCAUUGUAAACUGCAGACUUUCUACUUGACAAGAAAAGUUGGUUUAUGUUGUUAAGAUGAGGAAGCUUCACCAUCCUUACAUCGGCCUCACUAAGAGGCGUGGUCAUCUCAACGAGAAAUGGCAGAUUGGGGAUAGCGGCCAUUGUAGAAAUGGCAGAUUGGGGGAAGCGGCCAUUGUAGAAAUGGCAGAUUGGGGGAAGCGGCCAUUGUAGAAAUGGCAGAUUGGGGGAAGCGGCCAUUGUAGAAAUGGCAGAUUGGGGGAAGCGGCCAUUGUAGAAAUGGCAGAUUGGGGGAAGCGGCCAUUGUAGAAAUGGCAGAUUGGGGGAAGCGGCCAUUGUAGAAAUGGCAGAUUGGGGGAAGCGGCCAUUGUAGAAAUGGCAGAUUGGGGGAAGCGGCCAUUGUAGAAAUGGCAGAUUGGGGGAAGCGGCCAUUGAAGAAAUGGCAGAUUGGGGGAAGUGGCCAUUGAAGAAAUGGCAGAUUGGGGGAAGCGGCCAUUGAAGAAAUGGCAGAUUGGGGGAAGCGGCCAUUGAAGAAAUGGCUGUCGUUUCCAGGUGAUACAAAGAAAACAAUCAUGUGUGAGAAACCAUCUAAAUCGCUAUAAAAUCUGGUAGUGGCAGCCAGCCUGGGGGAUGAUAGAGUAGUGCAUCCAUGGAAACCCUGUGGUGUGUAUUUGAUACAUCAUGAUGUAAUACUGUAUAUAAUACAACUGUUGAGGUUUGUCAACUACCAAACACUAACUGGAUGAGAAUAAAUGCCUUAAAAAUAUAUAUAUAUAUUUUUUUUUAAGGCAAUUAAUUUA